UCGUAAUGUUUAUUUGUAUUUUGUGGUUGUUUUGUGGAAUUUUGUUAAAAUCUCGACAAAUUUAACAAAUAAUUUGCUUUAAGAUAAAUUAAAGUACUUUUCAUUACUGCAGUUAAUGGUUGCAGACUGAAAAUACAUAAAAGAAAGAUGUUGGUAAGGCUGUAACAAAGGUGUCUUAACUCGGGCAUUAGUAGUGAGAAGGACCACAAAUCAAUGACAUAAGACAACAAAGUCGAUGGUGUUUUAAAUUCGCUUUGGUUCUGUGUAUCCUUCAAAUUUUAAUGUGACCUGCAACUUUUCACAGACAAAACAAAAUGCUACCAUCCAACAUCGAGAAUCGGAAUGCUCCGCCGGGCAUCAACUCACGGUCCAUGACUGCCGCACAGUCCGCAGCCGACCUUGAGGUACUUCGUGAAAUAGAACACGUGUAUUUCUCCCCGCCGGCGGAGUUCGACGCGGCGAGGUACGCGCUGGAGCACGCGCCGUCGCCGCCCAACUGCGAGGCGAUAGAGCGAAUGUUUACCAAACUUAAACGUCAACAGCAGGUCGUGUCAGGUAAAGCUCUCCAUCUCAUAUCCCAGCAGCGAGACAACUGCGACCGAGAGUUCGCCGAGAUACAGAACAUCAGGUCCCAGCUGGCCGACACCUUGCAGACCUGCAGAAGAGCGAGGGAGCGGCUGCACGCCGCCUCCAAUCAUCUCACAAUUUCCACCUUUGUCAUCCUAGCUAACGUCCGGAAGAGACAAAUCAUAAAAUCCGUACUUAAAUCCUUGGAUCUUUUGAGAAGCCUCCGGAGUGUCGAAAAGGAUGCAGCGGAUCUGUUAAAUAAAAAGGAGUACUAUGAGGCUAUAGAAUUAAUAUUGAAAAGUAGGAGAGCCGCCGCCGUGCACAAGGAGUACACGUGUAUCGCGGACCUCGCGGCGCGUCUGCAAGACACCCUGGACAUGACCGAAGAAAAGCUGGACUCCGUCUUGGCCGGCGUCUGCUACGAAUUCGACGAGCGCGUCUUUCAAAAAUUGAAAAAAGCUUACGACCUCCUCGGCAAGACGCAGGCGGCGAUGGAGCAGCUGCACAUGCACUACUGCUCCGCCGUCAACGAGUCGGCGGUGGAAGCCGUCCGACCCUUCGUCGACGACGCCUCGGAGAUGAAAUUCGCCGAGAUGUGCCGGGCUGUCCACGCGUCGAAGGCUCCGACGUGCCUGUUGAGCCUCUGCGAGAAGUUGUUUCUGGUUAUGCGAAGCUACUACCUCCUGGUCGAUUGGCAUUCGAAAAACGACGACCGCCCGCCGAGCUCCAGCGAUGUCCUCGAGAUAGAGAGGAACGUCAGCAGGGAGUACAUCAGACAGAAGUUGAAGGCCGGCCUCAUUCGGAUAUGGCACGAUGUGCAGGCGAAAGUGUCCAUGUUCCUGAAGAGUUCGGGCCUGGAGGAGUACCCGUUCGAGAAGUUCAUCCAGAUGCUAGGUAUUUUAAGAAAAUUGACGCAGAUCGCGGAAGUCUUCUGCGGCGACACGUCGGAUCUGCUGCACGAUUUUAUAAAGACGCAGAGCGUAUCUUACAUCAAAAACUACCAUAGAGGUAGAAUGGAGGAGCUGAAGUUAUUUUUGGAGAACGAGGGCUGGGAGCAGUGCCCCGUCAGGUCCGACUUUAACGUCCUCAGCCUGCAGGAAUUCAAGCAAUUCAGGAAGUAUCUCAACCCCGCGACGUCGGACUCGGCAAUCGCCGGCCCCAGGGGGACCCAGUCCGACGCGACGUCGUCGGUCCCGUCGCAGGACGACAGCGAGUACAUGCUCAGGUACUUCGCGCCGAACUCCACCCGGACCCCGUUCGACAUCUUCAGGAACGAAAAUAUAACGAACGACGACAUAUUCGGCCUGGAGCCGGAGUCGGACGCGAGCGACUACUCCGACGACGAGCCCGAUGAGCUGAGGCGGGACUUCGUCGACGAGGCGGACCACGGCGACUACUCCGACGUCGCUGACCGCCCGCCCGCCAGCCCCUCCAGGGUGCGGGACAGCGUCAUCGUCACCAACACAACGCUGUCCGUGCUCCGGAACUGCGGCCAGUACCUGCAGAUCGGUCGCUACCUGCCACAGAUAUCCUUGGAGGUGAUAAUGCUCAUGAAUCAGCUCUUCGACUACUACUUCUACACCGUUCAUUCUUUCUUUACGUCGGACUUGCCGGUUUCCUCCUCGACGUUGUACAGCACAAAACUCAACGCGACGCUGAAGAGAAUAACAACCAGCAUCGGCAGCGCGGACCGGGCCUCGAGCGUCGAGUUUCCGAACGUGCCGCAGCACCUGGACCUCGUGUCCGAGGAGAAUCUGCACGGCCUCAGCGAGCGAAUCGUGGCCGUCGAGAGCGUCGUGUUUCUGGCGAAGCAGUUCGAGCUCCUCCACCCGUACUUGGAGCACGUAGUCGACCAACCUCAGCGGAUGAUCUUGGACCACUUCAAGGAGUCGACCCUGGCCGCGGCGACCGACCUGAGGGCGCCGGUGUACAUGUGUUCGGCAUCGAGGGCGGUGGAAGCGAGCUCCACCCUCGUGGCGAUGGCCCAGGUGCGGUGGAACGUGAAGGAGGUGGCGGUGGAGCACAGCCCCUACGUGGAUACGGUCGUCCGGAAGAUACAGGUGUUCGCGCUGCGCCUAGAGAACGUUGCCGCGCGAGUCUCGCUGAACGUACAAGUGAUCAAUUCCGUGUGGUCGAUGGUCGCCAAGUUCAUAGUUCACCUGCUGGUGGAGGGGUUCUCGAACGCGACGAAGUGUUCCAACGGCGGCAGGAGCCUGAUGCAGCUCGACUACAGGCAGCUUUUCGUCAAGCUGGAGAAGAUAUCCCGGUUGAAGCCGGUGCCGUACCAGGAUUACGUGGAUCGGUACGUCAAGGCGUACUAUUUGCCGCGAAACGAGUUGGAGGAGUUCGUCAAAACGCACACCGAGUACUCGAAUAAACAUCUGAAGGCGCUGGUCACCUGCGCAUGCGAAAACAAGAGGGACAGGCAGGCGCUGAUUGCCAUCAUUGAGAACAAGGAGGUUUCGUAAAAUUAUGAAUAUUAUGUAAGGUGGACUGAGAUCAUAAAUAUUUCUGUAUUAUAUUAAUUAUAUGAAUCAAUUCGUAC